UUAUUACCGCGCCACUAUCUAGAUGGUUGGAGCAUGUAUCUUUUGGUGAGUUGAGUUGAGAGUUAAGAGGGAGUGAACUUUGAAUUGAAGGGAAGGAGGAAGGCGAGUGAGAUGGCAAAUGUUAAUCCUAAUCUGAGGCUUCGAGGUUUGUUCUUAUGGUGGAGAAAGUGGGGCAAGAAGGACUGGGCAAUUGCAGCCGUCGGUUUCUCCAUCAUCGUCUUUAUUCUCACUUACUUGUCCCGGCCCUUACCCUUAGAUCCCGCGGCCACCACAUCCACAACAGACAAUCUAGUAGGCCUGACCCUGCUACACAAUGCCAGAGAUAGAGGCGCCCUUUGUUUAGAUGGGAGUUUGCCUGGCUACCAUUUCCGUAAAGGAUUUGGAUCUGGCUCUAACAGUUGGAUUCUUCACAUUGAGGGCGGAGGGUGGUGCAAUACGAUAGCAUCAUGUUUGCAACGGAAGUCAACGGCAUUAGGAUCCUCCAGCUACAUGGACCACCAAGUCCCCUUUUCUGGGAUAUUAAGCCAUCAAUCCUCUCAAAAUCCUGAUUUCUUUAACUGGAAUAAAGUCAAGAUACGUUACUGUGAUGGCGCAUCUUUUGCUGGCCAUUCACAAUAUGAGUUUAAGAAUGGUACCAAGCUUCUAUUCAGAGGCCACCUCAUCUGGGAAGCCCUUAUGGAUGAACUGUUAUCAAUCGGCUUAUCCAAUGCCAAACAGGCUCUUCUUUCAGGAUGCUCUGCUGGUGGAUUGGCAACUCUUAUUCACUGUGAUGACUUUCGAGAACUUCUGCCAAAGGAUGCAACUGUCAAAUGUCUUGCUGAUGCAGGUUUUUUCCUUGAUGAGAAAGAUGUUCUUGGAAAUAACACCAUGGGAUCUUUCUAUCAAGAUGUUACCCAGCUUCAGGGCGUAGUGAAAAGUUUGCGGAAGAAUUGUAUAACAAGAAUGGACCCAUAUAAGUGUCUCUUUCCUCAAGAAAUCAUUAAAGAAACAAGGACCCCAAUUUUCCUUGUCAACCCAGCUUAUGAUUUUUGGCAGAUACAACACAUCUUGGUACCAGAUGCAUCAGAUCCUCAAGGCUAUUGGAAAAGAUGCAGAAUGAACCUUCACUAUUGUAAUCCUAGCCAGAUGGAAAUACUGCAAGGUUUCCGUAGUUCUAUGCUGAAAGCACUGAGUGAUUUCCAGCAAAAAAAGGAAGGGGGGCUGUUCAUAAAUUCUUGCUUUAGUCAUUGUCAAACAUGGAUGGCUGAGACAUGGCAUUCAUCUACAUCUCCUAGAAUCAACGAUAAGACCAUUGCAGAGUCAGUAGGUGAUUGGUACUUCAACCGUAACAUGGUAAAGCAAAUUGACUGCCCUUAUCCAUGCAACCCCACUUGCUAUAACAUGGAUUUUAGUUGAUUUUGAUGAAGCUCCGCAGUGUGCACUAUCAAGCUUUUCUUUGGGUAACUCUUAACUUCUGAUCUCCAAUAUCUCCACUUAAUUCAAUGGCAACUCUCAAGUGCUUUUUCUCCUAAGCACGGCCAGCAAUAUUGGAAACAAGGCGUGCAAAACUACUGAUGUAGUUGAUGACUUGAUUCUCAUUGUUUAUGGAGAAGACAGCACGGUUUUUAGUUUGCACUUGUUCACACUAACCAGGUACCCUCUAUUGUUUUCAAGGAAGCCAUGGUCAAUGGUAUCAGAACACAUGCUUGUGUACUUUGCUCUAUUGGCUUUGUAUAUUAUUGAUAAAAGUACUGUUACCCCACUCUAUCCAAUCUCUCCCUCGUUAUAAUAUGUUGAGAUGCUUUUCUUGUUA